AUGGAUAGCGGUAACAAACUGUUUGUAACAGACGAAGGUGAGGAUAUAAAUGUUGACCAAGAGCAAAUUGUGGCCUUAGAGACUGAAAGCAGGGAGACCAAUUCCAAAAUGGAUGUAGACGAUGAAGCUAAAGGUGAAGACGAGAAAGGGUCUGCUCAGCCAUAUGAAGAUGAUGCUGAUCCAGUUGUCAGUGAAAUUCCGCUGAAUUUACUUGGGACCAGCAAAGAUCUACACGUCUUCCAAUAUGUCAAUAGAACAAAAAUAUCAGGGCGCAAACCUUUGAAACUUCCUGCUGCUGGUAAGGUCAGAUAUCAAGAAAAUUCAUCGAUGUGGGAGUUAGAUAUUCCUCUAGAUGAUUCGAUAUUCUUUAAUAAAGAGAAAAUUAACAAAGACUGGGAAGCGAACGAUUAUCAAACAUUGAGAGGUGUUGGUGUUCCAAAUGCAGGACAAUAUGCCGGUUUUGAAUCAAAUGGUCAAAUGUACCUCGUGCCAGUUAAUAGUGUUGCACAGUUGAGGCCUUAUUUCAAAUAUAUUGAUGAUUCUAACUAUAAGAAAAAACAAGAUGAUAUAAAGCAACAGACAUCUAAUGUCCCACAAAGAGCACAUGUCGUCACAAUGUCUGUGAAAAGUGUGAGUGAGCAGCAACAAAACAGACUAACAGGCUCCCUAAUGGCACACAAAAUAUUAGAUGAAGAGGAACCUUUAAAUUUAGAAUGGGAUCGUUCUGAGAAUGGAAUUAAGCUUAAAGAAGAUAUCAUAGAGGAGAUGAAGAAACAUCGUUUAAAAGCUGUGUGUACUGAGGAACAAUAUUUGUCGAAUCUUGUAUGA